GUCGACAACACCUUAGGAAACAAUCCUUUCAAUAUUCUUGAGAUGGCAAGGAGCAACCCGUUCAAGGGUCCAGCCGUUGUGUUCAAUGUGGCCCCGGUACCUUGCUGACCAGCUUGAACCCCACUGACAUCUUGGCACCAGCCCCACUCACCUGGAAUUCGCACACACACCGCUUUCUUAUCUUAUCAAAAAUCUUCUGCGGGCUGGAAAAAAAUAUUUCGAGGCGAGUUCUGCGGUCGGCCAAAUCGACACCGCCCCGCUAGGACGCUGCGAUACUCUUUUUCGCCUUCUUCACCCACGCCCACACCCCCCCCCCCCAAACCUCACCCACCACCACCACACCACCUUAUCACUUCCCCGGACAACGACAGACAAGACAGUUGCCUGACAUGACGUGGAAGGAUAUUGCGCCCGUGCCUACGGCGCAGGAGUUUAUUGAUAUCAUCCUCUCGCGGACACAGAGGAGAUUGCCCACUCAGAUCAGCAGAAUUCGCGCCUUCUAUACCCGCAAGGUCAAGUUCACACAGGAAACAUGCAGCGAAAAGUUCGGCGCCAUUGUUUCCAGCUUUCCCAUCCUCACGGAUCAGCAUCCCUUCCACCGCGACUUGAUGAAUAUUCUCUAUGAUGCCGACCAUUUCAAGGUGGCCCUCGGCCAGGUCUCGACAGCCAAGCACUUGAUCGAGACCAUCUCUCGCGACUACGUCCGUCUCCUCAAGUACUCUCAGAGUUUGUACCAGUGCAAGCAGCUCAAGAGGGCCGCUCUCGGUCGUAUGGCCACUCUCAUCAAGAGGCUAAAAGACCCUCUCGCCUAUCUCGACCAGGUCAGACAGCAUUUGGCCAGAUUGCCCGACAUCAACCCCACCACCCGUACUCUCCUCGUUGCCGGCUUCCCCAACGUCGGCAAGAGUUCGUUCGUCAGCUCCGUCACCAGGGCCGAUACCCCCGUUGAGCCCUAUGCUUUCACAACCAAGAGCUUGUUCGUCGGUCAUCUUGACUACAAGUACCUCCGCUAUCAAGUAAUCGACACCCCCGGUAUUCUCGACCACCCCCUCGAGGAAAUGAACACCAUCGAAAUGCAGUCCGUUACCGCCCUUGCCCAUCUCAGAGCCGCCAUUUGCUUCUUCAUCGACAUCAGCGAGCAGUGCGGUUACUCAUUGAAGGCGCAAAUCAACCUCUUCAAGUCGAUCAAGCCCCUUUUCGCCAACAAGAUGGUCUUUGUCGUCUUGAACAAGAUGGAUGUGAAGAAAUUUGAGGAAUUGGAGCCAGAGAUGCAGGCCGAGCUCAACGACCUCGUCAAGUCUGGCGAUGUCGAGCUUCUCCGUGCUUCGUGCGCCACCCAGGAGGGUGUUCAGGACGUCAAGAACCACGUUUGCGAGCGUCUCCUCGCUGAGCGUGUCUCUCAAAAGUUGAAGGCUGGCACUGGCAGCAGCGGCAACAUGGGCUCUCGCCUCACCGAGGUAAUGGCCCGUAUUCACGUUGCCCAGCCUAUGGGUGGUGUUACUCGCGAGACUUUUGUCCCAGAAGCCAUCAAGAACAUGAAGAAGUACGACAAGAACGACCCCGAAAGAAGAAGGUUGGCUCGCGACGAGGAGUUCGAGAAUGGUGGUGCCGGUGUGUUCAACGUCGAUCUCAAGAGGGAUUAUCUCCUCGCCAACCCAGAAUGGAAGUACGACAAGAUCCCCGAGAUUUACGAUGGCAAAAAUGUCUACGACUAUGUCGACCCAGAUAUCGACGCCAAGCUUGCCGCGCUCGAGGAGGAGGAGGAGCGUCUCGAGAAGGAGGGCUUCUACAAGUCCGACUCGGAUGUUGGCGAUGAGUCUGAGGAGGAGAUUCUCCAGAAGGCCGAGUUGAUCCGUGAGAAGCACAAGCUCAUCCGCAACGAGGCCAAGAUGCGCAAGUCUCUCAAGAACCGCGCCAUGAUCCCUCGCAAGUCGCUCAAGAAGUCGUUCUCUCAGCUCGAGGACCACCUUGACCAAUUGGGUGUUGAUACCCAGGAGAUUGACCUCCGUGGUCGCGCGGCCGUUCGUGAGACCCGGGGCAGAUCAGUUGGUGCCCGCUCCAGAACCGGCACUGUUGACCCAGAUGCCAUGGAUGUUGACAAUGCUCCUUCGGCGAGAGACAGACUCCGCAGCCAGAGCAGACCCCGUGACAGGUCCGUCAUGGCGACGAACCGUCGCGAGGAUGGUGUCACAGACGAGCUUGUGCGGACAAAGGUGGAGAGGCAGGCCAAGCUUGCUCAGCGCAAGAUGAACCGCAUGGCGAGACAGGGUGAGGCUGAUAGGCAUAUUGGUGCUACCAUGCCCAAGCAUCUGUUUUCUGGCAAGCGCACAAUCGGCAAGACCAGCAGUCGUUAAGCGGCGGUGGUUUGUGGUUGUUGGUGGCAUUCGUCAGAGGUCUGGCCGGGGAAAAUUGGGAGGAAGGGGAAACCAAAAGAAGGUUAUAUCAAGAGGCUUUAUUGUUACCCAUGGUUGUGGUCUGCUCAUACUGUUUAUGUUUUCUGUCUUUGCACAUUUGGCGCAUUGGAGUAAUGUGAAAAUCAAUUAUUUGUGUCAUUUUGGACCGUAUGUGAGGCUGGCAGGAUCUUGUUUUAAUUGCUAGUCCAUCUGUUAAAAGAAGGGGGAAGAGGGGUGAAAAUAAGAUGUGUGUUUCUCAAAAGAAGACGACAUCCCCCUCGUCCCAGCCCAACCCGCCCCUUCCGAUGAAUGUUUCUCUUAUCGCCCUUUCCAACCCCUCAGGCCCGCAAACCAACACCAGAGUUUUCCCUUCUGGAUCUGGCUUUCCGACGGCGGAUUCGAAGAACGGGCGGUCCAUCCUCCCUUUUCUGCCUUGCCAGGAGGCCUGGGGGCGGCUGAGGCUGUAUACCAAUUCCAUCCUCUCCUUAUUGCCCCUUGCCAUGGCGUCGAGUUCGUCUCUGCACAAGAUAUCUUCUUCUACCCUGUUACCGUCGAGGACAAGAC